AUUCAUUUAUUAAUAUUUAUGACGAUAUGAGUGUCCGUACCGUUUCGUUGUCGUCUGAUUCUGAUCAUGCUUAACAAUUGUGGACCGGUGAUGUGACGUGAUGUUUUUCUUGAUUCGUUCAUGUUUGUUUUGCUAUAUAAUUUUUUAAUAUGAGCUGUUGUACAUGUGUUGAAAAAACAUGCAAAAUUCCUACGAUGUGCCUGAUAAUAAAUCUGUUUCCUGGAAAAAAAGUGACAAUGUUCCUGGGAGGCCAGUGUCAAGUGCAACUCAAAAUUUGCAUCUAAUUAGGGAUUCACAAAGUAUUAGCCCUAAGAAAGCUUCAUCUAAAUCGAAACAUCGAAAAACAUCUUCAUCUAGUUCAUUUCAAGAAUUUCAAGAUAGUACAGAGGAUGCCUGGGAUAUUGGAGAUGAUGAAUUUUGCCUUACAACUGAUGUGUCAAUUCAUUCCAAAGUGGCUCAAUCAACUGCUAUGAAAGUACUAAGUAAUCAUAGCAAAGGAGCCUUGCCAUUUUCAAAUGCUGCAAUUCUAAAUAACUCGAACAGUAAUGUCAGUUCAGUCAAUCCUUCAGAUCUUUCAAAGAAAGACAGUGAUAGUUCCAGUUCUACAAUCAGUAGUUAUGAAACCAAAGCAGCAGCAUUACAAAGACUUGCAACACAGAAAGGUGAUAUAUCUCUGGAUGAGUCUAAAGGUUCUGCAGUAAGUAACAGCACUUCAAAUGCAUCCCCACUUCCUGGUCCAGGUAUUGGAAUUCGGCAGAUUCACAAGAAACCCUCAUCGUUAUUUAGUACUCAGAAUCUCUCUAUUUCAAGUUCUGAUGGGUCAUCAGAGCGAGAAGCUGCACGUCUUCAGGCAUUUCAGAAACUUCUUAAUAGCCAAAAUACUGAUCUAAAGGAACUAAGAAAAUUAAGUUGGUCAGGCAUUCCAGUGAAAGUUAGACCCAUUACAUGGAAAUUAUUAUCGGGUUAUCUACCUACUUGCUUAGAACGUCGAGAAUCUUUUUUACAGAGACGGAAGGAAGAGUAUCAGACUUUUGUUAGUCGCUAUUAUGACAUCAGAAAUGAAGAUGUGCAUCAUGAAACUUAUCGUCAAAUCCAUAUAGAUGUUCCACGUAUGAGUCCUUUGGUUCCACUCUUUCAACAAGAAAUUGUCCAAAUGGCAUUUGAGCGCAUCCUGUACAUACUUGCAAUUAGACAUCCUGCCAGUGGCUAUGUUCAAGGGAUGAAUGAUCUUGUUACACCAUUUUUUGUUGUUUUCCUGCAGGAUUUCAUUCCUGUGGAAGCCGAUGUUGAAAGCUAUGAUGUUAGUCAGCUGUCUUCAGAUGCUCUGCAACAAGUAGAGGCUGAUAGUUAUUGGUGUAUGGCAAAACUGUUAGAUGGAAUUCAGGACAAUUAUACUUUUGCCCAACCUGGAAUACAGAAAAAAGUUCACAUGCUAAAAGAGCUCAUUCAACGUAUAGAUGCACCUUUACACAAUCAUUUGAAGAGGCAUUCCAUAGAAUAUCUACAGUUUUCCUUUCGAUGGAUGAAUAAUUUGCUAAUGAGAGAGUUACCAUUAGCUUGCACUAUAAGACUAUGGGAUACAUAUCUGUCUGAACCUAAUGGUUUUAGCAACUUUCAUUUAUAUGUUUGUGCUGCAUUUCUCAAAUAUUGGUCCAGGGAAUUGUUACAAGAAAAAGAUUUUCAAGGCUUAAUGCUAACUUUACAAAAUCUUCCAACUUUACACUGGAGUGAUAAUGAAAUAAGUCUCCUAGUUGCUGAAGCUUAUAGACUGAAAUACAUGUUUGAUGAUGCGCCGAAUCAUCUUCAACCCAGGGAAAGCUAAAUGCGUAGCUUCUGGCUGAUGAUUUUUUUUUCUUUCUUUUUUUACUGUACUACAGCUUACAAAUUUUUUACUAAGCUGUGCUUCAAAUGUGGAAUUUGUGUUUGUACCAAUGAAUCUCCCAUUUUUGUAAAAAUAUUUGAAUACUUUCAAGUGCAGUUUUGAUGGACAUCUAUUUCAUCAAAAAAUCACUAAAUCAUGAGUUGUAAAGACAAAUUUAUAUGAAUGAUGUAUUUGCUUUCAUAAAGUUAGCCUUUUCCAUGAAGAAAACUAUUGUGAAAUAUAUACUGUAUAGCUGUAAAUAAAAAAAAAUAGAUUCUUUAAAAAUUCA